AUACAAUUUAAAACACAAACAGCCUAUUUGGAAUGCAUCUGAUUUGAAAUCAUAAAUGAAUUGAAUUCUAUUCCUUGUUUUGGAAUAGAAAAAAACAUGAAGUUGAAUUCUGGUGAGAAUUCCAAUUCUCAUUUUAUCCCAAUUUACAAAUCAAACCUACUUUGGUCUGAUUUCAAAAUCAAUUCUCACCUAAAUCUCACUUAAACUGUAUAAUAUCAAAAAUACUCCUGUCCAAAUUAGAGUGUUUGUUUCUUUUCAUCACACUUCAUCAAUUCCAUCCAUGGAGUUCGAGCUGAAGCUUGUUGCCGCAUCGACAAUUGCUUCGUCUCCCUUCCUCUCCCUCUCAUCCAAACUCUCCAAUCCACGUGCUCCUCUCCUCUCCCUCACAUACUCGCCCUCGAGCUUCGUUUUCCCACCCACCCUCCCAACCUCUGGUUCGUCGCUUGGCCUGGCGCCACUUCUUCUUCUCCCUCCGCCAUCGAGGUUUCGAAACAAUUUGUGGAGUGCACGCAUUUCGUUGCCGUAUCACGGUACUGUUCAGGUGAGAUCUGCUUCCAAUGUGGCUCAUGCUUCUCUUGUUACGAUAGAGCCUCACACCGAGGAUGACUGGGAGGUUUUGGAACUCAAUUCCGAACAAGCUGAGGCUGCUAUCCUCAACCAGAUUUUUGUGAUUGUUGUUCAUUCACUUCUCCAACAUGGCAUAGUUGAAGACUUGGAUUAAUUGAAACCUGUGAAUAUUAAGUAGAAGCAAAG